GUUGCGCGGAGGGUCUCACAGGCUUCCCUGCGAGAGCCGCCUCGCGUGGACAGACAGCGUCCUUGGAGCCUCUUCUCCUAGGCGGCUGUGUCAGUGGAUUGACACUGAAGUCCAAGUCCACGCAGCUCCAGCGCAUCCGCUCGCAGGUGCUGCAGCCGGGAGUGCCAGCGCCUCUGCAACAUGUCCCUGCACGCCUGGGAGUGGGAGGAUGAGGACCAGGCCAGCAUGGGGCCCAUGUCGUCCAUCAGUAGCUUUUACGGGUCCGAGAGCCAGUGUGAGGCCGAGGAGCACCUGGUGGUCAGGGCCUGGGCCCAGGAGUCGGACUCUAACCAUCGGUGUAGCAGCGAGUCCUCAGACCGGCCUGCCAGCACAUUCACCUCUGACAUGCCCCACGUCGUCCCCUGCAAAUUCAUCAUCUCUCUGGCCUUCCCAGUGACUGCUGGUCACAAAGGGAAAUAUUCAAGUUUCAUCGAGAAAUAUAGGAGACACACUAAAAUGGACAAAGCUAUUGCCAAGGUUCGCCAUUACUGCCACAUCGAGUACUUCCUCCUGCCGGGGGAUGUAGAGCCCAAGAAGGUGGACGUGGUGGUAUUUCCAGCCUCAGCCAAAGUGUUCCUGGAUUCGGGGAUAAAGACCGUGAGACCGUGGCAAGAAGGGGACAAGGUAUGGGUGUCGUGGACCCAAACUUUUAACAUCAACAUGACAAAGGAAUUACUAAAGACAAUAAAUUUUCACAAAAUAACCUUGAGGCUCUGGGACACCAAGGACAAGGUUUCGAAAAGAGUCAGGUAUUAUCGAUUAAAGCCUUCCGUGUUUUCGGAAGAUACAGGAUCUUUUGGUAAGUCCGGGAUCUUGUGUUUUAUUUGAAAUGUUUCUGGAGGCUUGUGGCGUCUCAGCAGUAACAGGAGAAAAGCCAUCACCCCUUGUUUGGUGCCUCUGUGCACCUGGUUUCCGGGCCCAUGCUGGUUUCUGUGGCAAUGCAGUGCCCUCCCAGGAUGUGCUCGGCUUUGGGGCGCCCUGAGCCUGCGUGACCUGUCUCCUGGAACAAAUCUUGUGUUUUAGAAGAUAUUGGGAAAUGAAAGAGAACACUCAAAAGUCCCACAGCCCUGGGACAGCCAUGUUUCCAUUAGGUCCCCCAGACUUCCAGAAAGUCUCCUUUUGAGCCCCCCUCGGAAGAGAGAAAGGCCCACGUUGGAGUCACGCAGCUGACCGUCUCCAGCCGGAGCUGGCAGUGACCUUGGGCCUCUGCUUCCUCUGGUCGAUGCUGUGGAGGCAGGGCAGUGGGCAUGCGCCCCACCCCCAAGAGAUGAGGAGGGUCUCAUUGUCCUUGGAGAAACAUAAAACUCUGCCAGUUUAAUUGUGCUGUGGUGCUGUUCUAAGAUGCCUCCCAGUUCCAGGAGAUGUUAGAAGGUACAGUGGGCAUGCACCUGACCACAGGCAGAACAAGGUGCUGUUGGGGCUGCUGGCCUUAGCCUCUAGGCAGGUACAACCAUCCCCACUUUCCCUGAACAGGGUGAGCCUGGACCUGCUCGAAGCGAGAGGCGGUGCCAGAAUCAGAACCCAGUUUUUUGGGGACUAGAAAAAUCUUUUUCCAGCCUCACGGAGCUUUCCUGACCUAGGGGCUCAGGGAUUCUGAUGUUUAAUCUUCCAUUGACAUCCCGGCUUCUUACCCUCGGCACUGCCAGUGUCUUGGGUGGGAUCACUGCUUGGUGGGAGGGCACUCCUGGGCACAGUAGGACUUUCAGCAGCAUCCUGGACCUCAACCCACUGGACUCCAGGACUAGCCUCCAUGUCAUGAGAGCUAAAAAUUUCUUCAGACAUUGUCCCCAGGUGCAGAAUCGCCCCAGCCGAAAAUCACUGAUUUGCCUUUAAACUGCUGGUCCUGGGUGAAGAAGUGACUUCAGUAUCACUUUCCUCAUUUUGACCAAAGGAAGGACCCAUGUCCUCAGGGUGUGGGCUCUACACCCCCUGCAUUAUAUGCAGUUGGAUGGCCAGCCUAAAUGCACAUUCCAGGGCCUGCCUCAGAGCUGCUCAGCCUGAAUUUCUGAUAAACAUCUGCCUGGCAAUUGGCUGACACCGGAGCAGGAAUGUGGGGUGGGUAUCAGGAGGGCUUCCUGGAGAAGGGGGCUUGGGAGCCAUGUUUGGAAGGGAAAGUGAAAUCAGCCGGCCAGGAAAGGAAGGACGACAGGGGUCCCAGGCCCUGCAGGGAGAGUCCGAGGCCUUUUGCUGUGAGCAUCCUGGAACCCACAGCCCCUGCUCCUCCCCAAAAUCUGUCCCAUAUCUGGCAUCACUGCAUCUUAGGUUAAAUCAUUUUUCCUAUUAAAAAAUCAGUUCAUGUUCACUUUGCAAAAACAAUUGAGAGAUAGAGUAGCCAAAGGGAGAAAAAAUUAAAACCACAAGAUGCCUGGGCAGAAGCAGUCACUAACAUUUCCCUGUGCAUUUCACACUGGGAACUAAAUUUUAACAAAGACACAUCUAGUGUACAUGCUGUAUGAAGUCCCGCCUUUUCCCUCUUGAGAAGAUAUCUUCUUGGAACUCUUGUUUCCUGGGAGGGUGGAAACACCACCAGAGGUGAUUUACUGUUUCACAGGAGAGGACGUUUGUCUGGCUGCCCCUUAGGAUGUAGCAAAGGAGAACUUGCCAGCUUUCAGCCUGCUUGUCAUCCCAAAACAAGCCAGAAUUUUCUUCUUCUUCUUCUUUUUUUUUUCUUUUGCCUUUUUUGCUUUUUAGGGCUGCAUAUGGAAGUUCCCAGG